UGACCGGAAGUCAUCACAAUGGGCUCUGUGACAUCACCAAUGGCCUGGCCCCAGGCACCCAGUCUCCAGGUGCGCAGGCAAACAGACCCACCAUGAGCAACUUCGUCCCCCAUCUCGGCUCACCAUGCGGACGCUAACAUGGUUCUUGUUCUUGCCUCUGUGCCUCUGCUGCGGCUACGCCUUUGUGUUUUCUCCUCUGCGAGAGAAAGUCAAAGAACCCCAGGGGAAGGUGCCUUGCGGAGGGCACUUUCGGAUCAGGCAGAAUCUCCCAGAGCAUGCCCCAGGCUGGCUUGGGAGCAAAUGGCUCUGGCUCUUUUUCGUAGUUGUGCUGUAUGCGAUACUGAAGUUUCGAGGAGAUAGUGAAAAGAGUAAGGAGCAGAAUCCUUCUGCCCUUCGAAGCUGUUCAUUUCGCUCUCCACUAAAGAAAAAUCAAAAUGCUUCCCCCAACAAAGACUAUGCGUUCAAUACCUUAACCCAACUGGAGAUGGACCUUGUGAAAUUCGUGUCCAAGGUGCGGAAUCUGAAAGUAGCCAUGGCAACCGGCACUGGCCUCAAGAUUCAGAACUUGGAGGUACCUGCAGACCCACACAAUAAUAUCACCAUCUAUGAAAUAUGGGGCGAAGAAGACUCGGAAUGAGUGGAUUUGUGUGUCAGAGUAGGAGAGACAAAGUUGAGUGUUGACAAACCAUAUGCAAACCAAUAAAACUAUUCUGAAGAAAAAGAAUUCUCCAAGUUGGCACCUUUU